GAAAGAGCUCUGGCUGUACACCCGUUUCAACAUGGGUGCUGGAUCUCAACACUCCAACCUGGUAAUCAUCCUGCUCAUGACUACAGGGUGUCUGGGUCAGGACAACGGGAGUGUGACUUACACCCCCAGGAGAGUCUGCUCCUUAGAGGGCUCUUCUGUGACCAUGCCCUGCUCUUACACAUUUCCCAAGGGUCACAAAGUCACAACAGCUUUCUGGUUCAAAGGUCAAGUGCCUGGUGCUGAGUCUCUGGAUCUGAAUUUGAACCCUGAGUACAAAGGCCGUGUGGAGUAUCUAGGGGACAGUAAUCAACUCUGUACACUGAGAAUCACAGACCUGAGAGAGAGCGAUUCAGGAACCUACAGCUUCCUGUUUGGGACUGACGUCAAUCCUGGGGGAUGGUUGGGGAAUCCAGGAGUCAGGUUAAAUGUGACAGGGCUCCAAGUUGAUUUGACCCCUGACCUAGUUGUGGACGGUGAGUGGGCAGACCUUACCUGUGGCUCCUGUUUCUUGAGUGAAAAUCCCACCUACACCUGGUACAGGGACAAACAGCCUUUGAACUACACCAACAAGGUCAAGGUUAUGGCCAACUACCUGGAACUAGACCCGGUAGGCAGGGAGGAUGCAGGCAGCUACUCCUGUGCGGUGAGCGGCAGAGAGGAUUCCCCUGGUCCGGCAGUGAUCCUUGUAGUGGGAUGUAAACCAGUGUUUCCCUGGGCUCCCGUUGUGGGGGUGGUGGCUGUGUUGGCAGCUGGAACUCUCCUAGUCAUCCUCUAUGGCACACUGAAGAAGAGGAAAGCCCCAAGAGGAAUGGACUUUAUAGGGGAGGCACAGAUGGUACCUUGUGGUAAACCGACACACACGGCGCAGUCUGAUGACACGUACAUGACUCUGAAUAAAAGGACAAUGUCUCCUGAGUAUGACACGCUGGCUAAUGUCAGAAACACUGUUGGCUGA